AUGUCGACCUCGAAGACCGGCAAGCACGGACACGCAAAGGUUCACCUGGUUGCCAUUGACAUCUUCACUGGCCGCAAGUACGAAGACAUUUCGCCAUCGACGCACAACAUGGACGUGCCGAACGUGACUCGUCGUGAGUACCAGCUGAUCAACAUCGACGACGGCUACCUCAACCUGAUGUCGAACGACGGCACGUCGAAGGAUGAUGUGAAGAUGCCUGAGGGCGAGCUUGGUGACCAAAUUACCAACGACUUUGAAGAUGGCAAGGACCUCAUGGUCACCAUCGUUGCUGCCAUGAACGAGGAGCACUGUCUCGCCUACAAGGAGGCUCCUCAGGGCAAGUAA